UUGACAACAUGACUGCUUUCGGAUUUCGCCAUAAAUCUGUAGGAUUACUGUGUCUUAGUUUCUUGUGUAAAGCUGUGUUCUCGCUGGAUUGUUUCGUUUGUUCAAGUGAUGAUUCUUUUGAAGAGUGUGACAAAGCACGAACCAAGGAAAUUUGUCAACCAAGAACUACGUGCGGCAAACUAUCCUUUCAACUGUCGGAUAACCACAGAUACAGGAGAGGUUGUUUAUCUGUCAUAUACUGUACUGAUGCCAGCCGCUACUGUCAAAACAUUGUUGACGCAUCAGAAUGUGUCACUGCUUGCUGCUCCAAAGACCUGUGUAACGCUGCACCUGCCCAAGAAAUGUCACGCGAUGGCUUUCUGUGGUGGAGUCUAAUGGUAACAUCUGUGGGACUUAUUAACAUUUGUUAAAUUCGAACUGUAGCCAGCAAAUCUAGAAUCGUGUGACGUAUCCCCUGCAUCAGUUUGUAUGUGUCAAAUUUUUCAUGUGAUGAACUCUUGUUUUCAUGGCGAUGACGAUUUAUAUUUUUUGACUCAAGAGCACUCAGCGAGAAGGUGGAAUAAAACCCGGGCCGUAUAUGCUUACG